AUGUCUUUGGAGAAAAUUUCAUCGUCACCAGAAACUGUGGUAGUGGUAGGGAGUGAAGUUGAGGUGCAAACCCCGCAAGUCGGUAUCACUCGGUCUUGGAGUAUGGGCAGUUAUCCCAAGCUGUCCAACUUGAUGGGCACAUGGCCAGAGGUCGCUAUUUUCCGUCGGUUCGGAUCGUUGAACGCUCAGAAUCUUUUGUUCUUACAAGCGGAGAUCACUCAUCUGGAGACAGAGCUGAGAGAUCUUCGAGCCGAAGAGGAAGAGAAGCAGGACCUCAAAGGCAUCGCAGCGCAAAGAAACUGGUUUGAGUUGAGCCGGGGUUUGGAUGAGGAUGAUGAACCCUCUGAGCAAUGGGAUAUUAUACAGAAAAUCCGCGUGAAGUUGAGGGAAUACAACGAGUCGCUACUUCAGUACAAGGAACUAUGCGCACUGCAGAACCCCACAAAACACGACCUGAAAACACUGCGGCUUUGGCUCGAACACAGAGAGUACGGUGACAACUUCCUUCGCGGCGUCGAACGGGAUAUUUUCCACAUUGAUGAUCCCAAUGAUCCCAACUGCGACGACAGAUCGUCAGACCUCGUUACCGUAUCGCAUGAGGCCGUCGAGAAGGACUACUUCUCGAGAUGGGUGUCGGACGAACUUAUUGGGCGAUUCCACAAUCUGAUCGGACAUCGAUGGAAGCGACCCGUUGACCCCGAAACUGGCAUCUGCAACUACCGUAAAACCCAUGUUCGCGCCCUCUCGCAUCUCGUGGGAGUUGUGCUUGCCUCGGUCAUCCCCGCUGCAUCGAUAUUCACCCUCUACUUUGUCAACAACAUGGUUGACCGACUCGGCGUCCUCUUGGCCUAUUCGGCCCUUUUCUCGAUCUGCUUGGCCAUCUUCACGACGGCAAGGAGAGUGGAGAUCUUUGCGGCAACUGCUGCGUAUGUCACAUUCCUAUCAGUGCUUGCUCUGUCUUGGAAUCCAUAG